AUGGACCGCUUCAGGCGGCGCAGCGACCUCGCCAGAGCAUCCAGCGCUCAACUUCUCCUCAUUAUUAGUAGCCUGGCCUACCCGAACACAUCCUAAAGACCGGUAAACACUGUCGAAGAUGCUGGCGAGCUUACCCCAGAAGAUCACAGUGCCCUUCAACUUGCUCGGGGACGAGGCUAAGCUUGCAUUCCGCAGCCAACCCGGGGGCAUCGCCAAGUUGGCCACAACUCGUCACAUCCUAGAGACCGACUCAUAUUGGGAUCAAUAUGUCACUCUGUUCGAUUCAGCGUCGGAUGUGUUCACUCUCAUUUCACACAACGAUGUCCGUCGCGCGCUGUAUGAUGCGCCAGAGAACGUCGCGAUGUUGAUACGCGUCAUAACUUCCCGCCUCUUCAACCUUGUGUCGGACCACACUUUCCCCAGCGCCCCCAACACAUCAAUGACUACCUUUGCUACCAGCUUCAUGAAGGCUGCCAGUCCGCGCAACACUACCAAGGAGGCGCUGAAUUGCGUACGAGUUCUGCAGCGUGUCCUUCCGGUGAUCUUCGAGCUUGAGAGCGAGACGAGUCGACUCGAGAUGGAGGUCUUCUGGAAGAGAGAAGAAGUGACUGCGCAGAGUGUUGUGUCCUCGUCCCAUAGCGACCCACAGUUCGUCAUCGACGACGAAGAGGAUGAGGACGGUGAAGGUCAGGUUGGCUCCUCCACUAAAGGGCGGACAAAGGAGACAAAGCAGAGGCAAGAAACUCUUCAGCUGUGUAUCGACCUCAUGUUCUGCUGCGGUUUCACUCUACCGACUAAGCUCCAGGUGGACCAUUACAAGAUUAGCUAUGUCAUCUGGGAGAAAGGCGUUGGAUCAACAGUUGAGCCAGGACCCAGCCAGCUAUACGAGUCCAACCGAACGGAAGUACUGCGACUUCUCCUUGUGCUCCUCUCGAAACAAAUAUACACGCCGCCUGCUGCGCUCUUUACGUGUCCGUCUCUCUACUCCCUCCAGUUCGUACAGAAGACGCCAAGACGCCAUGUCCUCUCUGUACUAUGUUCGCUCAUGAACACUGCUAUGCAUUCGCCACAAGCCGGCGUCGCUAACUUUGUAGGAAGCGUUGCGGGUAAAUUGCCUUAUAACCACCUCGUCUUCAAGGGCGACGACCCGCAUACUGCCCUCAUCGGAACCUGCCUCCAGACCCUCUGCGCCCUCCUUGACUUCCAGAGUGGGACUGCAAAGGACGCAGUCGCAGACAGUGAAGGCGGGUCGUCUCAUGCGCCAACCUCGAAGACCAACGCAUUCAGGUAUUUCGUUGCUAAGCUGCACCGCUCCAACGACUUCGCGUUCAUAUUCCAAGGCAUUGUUGCAAUCUUCGAACAGCAGAUGGCUACCAUGAAUAAUCUGCUGCCGGGGUCUAGAAAGUCAAUCCCGUAUAUUGCUGAAAGCAUCAUUUUCUUCUGGAAGAUGAUAGACUUGAACAAGAAAUUCCGCGCUUACGUGCUCGACUCAGACAAAGCCACCGACAUACUUGCUUACUUACUUUGCUAUGGGAUCGAGAUCAAGGAUAAGCCGCAACAACACGGAUUUUGCCGUACGAUAUCGUAUAUCGUGCAGAGUAUCUCUGCGGAGCGUAUUUUUGGGCAGAAGCUUGCGUCGCCAGUCAAGACCCAACUUCCCCAGAAAUGGAGCAAUCUAGGCACUGCGGCAGACUUCAUGAUACAUGCGAUCUAUUCCAUGGUAGCGACCACGUCGGGUGCUCUGACCUCCCUCUACCCUGCGUUGAUCAUCGCACUCUCGAACUCUGCGCCCUAUUUCAAACACCUGAGUGUUACAGCAUCGACGCGCCUCAUUCAGCUUUUCACCGCCUUCUCGAACCCGUCAUUCCUGCUAGCAGAUGAGGGGCACCCGCGCCUGCUCUUCUUCAUGCUUGAGACGUUCAACUCGGUACUGCUGCGGAACCUAUCCGACAAUCCCAAUCUGGUGUACGGCAUCCUCCAUGCGCACAAGGCAUUUGAGGGUCUCGGUACAUUCACCUUAGCCAGAGGUCUGCGCGAGAUCCGCCGUAUUCAGCAGGCCAAGGAGGAACGAGCGAGGGCGGGAGAAGCUAAUGCCGACAAGGGCAAAGGCAGGGCGAAUGACCAGGACGAAGAGCAACCUCACGAAGAGAAGGCGAGGCUGUUGCGCAAUGAGAGCAACGCUGAUUAUCCCACAAAUGCCGACUCGGCCGCCAACACAAGAUCGAACUCAGAAGACGACGCUGUGACCGCUAUGCCUCUGAUGUCACCGACUCUCUCGGAGCAUCCUCUGAGUGGGCGAGCAACAGAGCGGUCGGAGAAGGCCAGGGGUAAGAUGAGGGCCGGGAUGGCACUGUCUUUGGAGAUGACGGGCAGCCUUGAGAGCCUUGCGGCUUCCACAGUUGGUCGCAACGGCUUUGUGCCCACGCAAGAAUGGGUGACAUCGUGGCAACAAGGGUUGCCACUCGAUAUCAUCAUGCUCGUCGUAUCCGAGCUCCUUCCCAAGAUACAAGAACUGCAGAGUUCACUGAACCCAGCGAACGCGAAUGGUGCUGUUGUGGACCUCAUCAAGAGUACGAAUCUUGAACACAUCUUACCGAAGCCGGGCCCUCUCUCAGCGCGGCGCUUCGUGUGGUCGGAUGCAUCUAUCAUCUGGCUCACGUCCCUGAUCUGGGGCGAGGUCUAUGUCCGCGGAAUGAGCCCAUUGGGCAUCUGGAAUUCAACCAAUGUGCGGCUCUUCCUCGUGAAACACGCGGAGGCACAAUCGAGGCCUAUCACGGAGGCCGUCACCAACGCUGUUGGAGGCCUGCUGAACAGGACUCAGUCGUCACAGUCCAUUGCCAACCGGCCACGACCUUCCUGAGAAUAGUCAUUGAUACUGCCAUCAGAAUUGGUAUUGUGAUACCUGGAUGUAGGACUUUGGGAGUUACCCUAUGCUCUUGGUUGUAUGAGUUCUCGAAUGAAUGUACAUGCUAUUUUGUCUUGGUCCCUGAA